GGAUCCUCCAGCGGAUGAAAUGUUCUUCAGAGGUGGAAAGAUUCAUAAGUGACGAUCAUCUGCUGCCGAGUUUCCACCACAUCUUCCUCUGCUGUGAAGGAGAGACGGAAGGAAGAGGAUCCUGCUGCAGAUGGAGACCCGGAGAGCAGGUGUCCAGCAUCUACUGGUGAUGAAAGAAGAAGAAGAUGCUACUGAGCAGCAGGAGUGCAGCUCCAGUCUGGAUCAGGAGGGACAAGAACCUCCUCUUAUUAAAGAAGAACCAGAAGAAGAAGAUCUAGACCAAAUCAAAGAAGAGGCCACCCAGUUCUCCCUCACUCCUGUCCAGGUGAAGAGUGAAGAUGAUGGAGCAACCAGCAGCUGGACUCAACACAUGAAGACAGAAGCUGAUGGAGACACCUGUGGAGGAGCAGAAGCAGCCAGUGACUUGGAUACACCUCUCCUCCCUGACCACCAGAGGUCGCCUUGUUCUGACACUGUUGACAGUGAGGACUGGAGAGAAACCAUUGACCCUGAAUCUGCUUCAAAUUCACUGAUCUGCUCUGGGUGUGGGAGGAAAUGCUCUUCGAAGUCUGAACUGAUUGGACACAUGAAAUCCUGCAGCGGAUCUUUGAGUUGUUCGGUUUGUGGAAAAUCUUUUGAAAAGAAACGUGAUCUAAAAAUCCACAUGAGACUUCACACAGGAGAUGCACCUUACAACUGCUCCUACUGUGGUGAGAGGUUUACCCAGCGGGAAACAAAGGAAGAACACAUGAAGCUUCAUGCUGGAGAAAAACCUUUCCGAUGCUCUCAGUGUGUGGAAAGAGUUUCCCACUUCAGUGGGUCCCAAAGGCAGCAACAAAAAGAUAAAACCAUCCAUUCUCCGCCCAGAUACAUCUAA